CUCGCACCUCCCGCGCCGCCGCCGCCACCCAUCCAAGGAUAUGCCUUCAAGCCUCCGCCUAGACCCGACUUCGGGACCUCCGGGAGAACAAUCAAGUUACAGGCCAACUUCUUUGAAAUGGACAUUCCAAAAAUUGACAUCUAUCAUUAUGAAUUGGAUAUCAAGCCAGAGAAAUGCCCAAGGAGAGUUAACAGGGAAAUCGUGGAACAUAUGGUCCAGCACUUUAAAACACAGAUCUUUGGGGAUCGGAAACCAGUGUUUGAUGGAAGAAAGAAUCUCUACACAGCGAUGCCCCUUCCAAUUGGGAGGGAUAAGGUGGAGCUGGAGGUCACGUUGCCUGGAGAAGGGAAAGACCGCAUCUUCAAGGUGUCCAUCAAGUGGGUGUCCUGCGUGAGCUUACAGGCGUUACACGAUGCACUUUCGGGGCGGCUGCCCAGCGUCCCCUUCGAGACGAUCCAGGCCCUGGAUGUGGUCAUGAGGCAUUUGCCAUCCAUGAGGUACACCCCUGUGGGCCGCUCCUUCUUUACAGCGUCCGAGGGCUGCUCCAACCCCCUUGGCGGGGGCCGGGAAGUGUGGUUUGGCUUCCAUCAGUCCGUCCGACCUUCCCUUUGGAAAAUGAUGUUAAAUAUCGAUGUCUCAGCAACUGCAUUUUAUAAGGCACAGCCAGUAAUUGAGUUUGUUUGUGAAGUUUUGGAUUUUAAAAGUAUUGAAGAACAACAGAAACCUCUGACAGAUUCCCAAAGGGUAAAGUUUACCAAAGAAAUCAAAGGUCUAAAGGUGGAGAUAACGCACUGUGGGCAGAUGAAGAGGAAAUACCGUGUGUGCAACGUGACCCGGCGGCCCGCCAGCCACCAAACAUUCCCGCUCCAGCAGGAGAGCGGGCAGACGGUGGAGUGCACGGUGGCCCAGUACUUCAAGGACAGGCACAAGCUGGUUCUGCGCUACCCCCACCUCCCGUGUUUACAAGUCGGACAGGAGCAGAAACACACCUACCUUCCCCUCGAGGUCUGUAACAUAGUGGCAGGACAGAGAUGUAUCAAAAAACUGACCGACAAUCAGACCUCAACCAUGAUCAGAGCGACCGCCAGGUCAGCGCCGGAUCGGCAAGAAGAGAUUAGCAAGCUGAUGCGAAGUGCAAGUUUUAAUACAGAUCCGUAUGUUCGUGAAUUUGGAAUCAUGGUCAAGGACGAGAUGACAGACGUGACCGGGCGGGUCCUCCAGCCGCCCUCUAUCCUCUACGGGGGCAGGAAUAAAGCGAUCGCCACCCCUGUCCAGGGCGUGUGGGACAUGAGGAACAAGCAGUUUCACACAGGCAUUGAGAUCAAGGUGUGGGCCAUCGCGUGCUUCGCCCCCCAGCGCCAGUGCACGGAAGUCCACCUUAAAUCCUUCACAGAGCAGCUCAGAAAGAUCUCGAGGGACGCUGGAAUGCCGAUCCAGGGCCAGCCGUGCUUCUGUAAAUAUGCCCAGGGGGCGGAUAGCGUGGAGCCCAUGUUCAGGCAUCUGAAGAAUACGUACGCUGGCCUUCAGCUGGUGGUAGUCAUCCUGCCUGGCAAGACCCCCGUGUAUGCCGAGGUCAAGCGCGUGGGAGACACGGUGCUGGGGAUGGCCACGCAGUGUGUGCAGAUGAAGAACGUGCAGAGGACCACGCCACAGACCCUGUCCAACCUCUGCUUGAAGAUCAACGUCAAACUGGGAGGCGUGAACAACAUCCUACUGCCCCAGGGGAGGCCGCCCGUGUUCCAGCAGCCCGUCAUCUUUCUGGGGGCCGACGUCACUCACCCACCCGCUGGGGACGGGAAGAAGCCUUCCAUCGCUGCCGUCGUGGGCAGCAUGGACGCGCACCCCAACCGCUACUGUGCCACUGUGCGGGUUCAGCAGCACCGUCAGGAGAUCAUCCAGGACCUGGCCACCAUGGUCCGCGAGCUCCUCAUCCAGUUCUACAAGUCCACGCGCUUCAAGCCCACGCGCAUCAUCUUCUACCGCGACGGCGUCUCCGAGGGCCAGUUCCAGCAGGUUCUCCACCACGAGUUGCUGGCCAUCCGCGAGGCGUGCAUCAAGUUAGAAAAGGACUACCAGCCGGGGAUCACCUUCAUAGUGGUACAGAAAAGGCACCACACGCGGCUCUUCUGCACCGACAAGAACGAGAGGGUUGGGAAAAGUGGAAACAUUCCAGCAGGCACAACUGUGGACACGAAAAUCACGCACCCGACCGAGUUUGACUUCUACCUGUGUAGUCACGCCGGCAUCCAGGGAACAAGCAGGCCUUCCCACUAUCACGUGCUUUGGGAUGACAAUCGUUUCUCUUCCGACGAGCUGCAGAUUCUCACCUACCAGCUGUGUCACACCUACGUGCGCUGCACGCGAUCCGUGUCCAUCCCGGCGCCAGCAUACUACGCCCACCUGGUGGCUUUCCGGGCCAGGUACCACCUGGUGGACAAAGAACAUGACAGUGCUGAAGGAAGCCAUACCUCCGGGCAGAGUAAUGGACGAGACCACCAAGCGUUGGCAAAGGCAGUCCAGGUUCAUCAGGACACCCUGCGCACCAUGUACUUUGCUUGACAUGUUUUAGUGUUUACGAUUGUGUACCGAGUUGGAUUCACAUGAGACCAGCUACACUCAGACCAACAGAUGCCCAGCCCUUCCGUGACAGCCAGCAUCGAACAUGAGACGUCAUUGAUUUUAGUAGAUUCUCCAUUUUCCAGAAUGCCUUCCGUCCCAGAUUUCAAACUUGGAUUUUGAACUGCAGACCUGUAUGAGACCCCAUUGUCGUAGGAAAUAUGGUUUGCCAAAAUCUAUAAGCUGCUUAUUAAAAUAGAGUCCCGUGUUUCCUAAAAAUCUCCUAAAACCAGUCUAUGAACUCAGGGCUUUAAAACAUUUUUAAUUUAUUUGGUCAUUCAAUUUACUUGUUUUUAACACAUGAUUCUCUAUGGAAUUGGUGGGCUCAAACUAGCUGUGAACGUUCUCAGAGAGUGAAAGCAACACAGAGCACAGCUGUGGUUUUAAAGCCUUGAGCAUUCUGAGGUGGUCACUAAAGUUUAUGUCAGAGUGGUACUAGCGUGCCCCUGACAGGGCUGGCGCCAGCUCUUCGGGACCGAGGGCAGGUGGCCCGCCGAGGCGCCCACCGGCGUCUGGAACCGCCACUGCCCGCCUCUCACUCAGCUCGAAAUAAGGAGCGGGGGCAGAAGAUGGGCCGUGUGUGUUUACAACAUUUAUAGGUCCAGAGCGAUUGGCAGACAAGUGCCAUUUUAAUAAAAAUUUAUUUAAAAAAAGAAAAAAGACAGUAUGCCGACAGUCUAAUCAUAAGAUUUGUCCUAUAGGACUGUGACAUUUAUUUUCCAAAGUUUCUAAAGAAUACGGGUCUGUGGUGAUAAAUACAGUACAAUCCUUUUUCACUGUUAUGUCUUUAAUGUAAGAGAAAAAAUAUAUAUAUCUGGUUUGCAGUAUUAAUGUGAUAGAUAGAUGCUGUUUUUCAUUUUAUUGACUACGGGGUGCUUAUUGUGAUCUGUUUAGCAUAUCACGAGUGGGAGCCUGGUGACUGGACCACCUCCUGUGGUUCUCAGUGCUGACGUACAGGAGUAUGCACUUGAGUCAAUGUGACCGCCACCCGCCUUCCCCCGCGUAGACUGCGUAGCCUUGUACCUUCAGGAGGACCGGGCGCAGGCACGGCGGCCCCGCGCCACCGCCACCCCACCUCCUGUCCCCGCGUGUUGCU